AUGAGCUAUUCAAACCAGGACGGUGGCUUGCAUCAGCGGGACAAUGGUAGCAGAACUCAACUUUUUGACUCGAAAUACGAUAAUCUGAGUGGCAGGGCGAGUUCUCCCUACGAGAAAGGUGGCAAUUUGGAUUUCUCGCAGUCGACAUUAUCGAACUUGGAGAACCAAAGCGACAGACAUGUAAGCGCAAUGAGCGAGAAACUAAAUGCACUUAAAUCUCUGUCGUUGAAAAUGGGCGAAGAGAUAAGAGGCAGCAAUGACACGGUGGACAAACUUGGUAACGUUUUCGAGGGCACCAGCAAACGGCUGAAGCGAACUUAUCGUGACAUGAUGAAAAUGGCUGGAAGUUCAAGGAUCCCCAUGAAGACGUGGCUCAUAAUUUUCUUCGUGGUUUUCCUGUUCUUCUUCUGGGUGUGGAUCUUCUAG